GGAAACAGUGCAAGAGAGGGUGGAGUUGGCGACACUAUCAUUUCAGCCCGGCUACUCAUCUGUAUACGUGUGGGUUCAGCAGGACGGCUACAGUGAAGAGGAGGUGCACACGGACCGUGGUUUUGCAGAACCGCGUAUAGGACAGGACUUGUGAGAGGAAAAUAGGGAGUGUGUGAGAGAAUAGUGCUGAAUCAGUGAAAGCGCAUUAAAACCAGGGAGAGGGGGAGAGAGAAGAAAUUGGAUACCAGGGGGACUGUGAGGGGAGACUUUGUGAGGAAUUUUCUGAAUUCCAGUGUUUUGAGGCUGAAUCUAAACACCGGUUCACCUUAACCAGCUGUUUUGAACCUUUUUAUGUACCCAAUUUCCAAGUUUGGCCAUCGAGACAUCCAUUUUAAUAUCCACAGUUUUCAGGUGAAGUCACUCUGCCACACUGCUGCAGUCCACGAUGGAGGCGAAGGUGGUGUAUUUGCCGAAACUUUCCCGCGUCGCCGUGUGCGGUGGUACCCACGGCAACGAGCUGUCAGGGGUGUACCUGGUGAGAGAGAGACUGAAAACGAGGAAGAAGGUGGAGGAGGACGAGCUGGUGUCCGUCAUGACGGUGAUGUCCAAUCCUCGCGCCGUCCAGCAGGGCCGGAGGUACACGGAGACCGACCUGAACCGCUGCUUCACGCACGCCACCCUCAGUUCCUCAACAUCUGACAAAACUCCUUAUGAAAUAGUGCGGUCCCGAGAGCUGAACUCUCAGCUGGGUCCUAAAGGGAGUCCCAAGGCAGUGGAUCUGAUAUGCGACCUCCACAACACCACUGCCAACAUGGGCUUGUGCCUCAUCUCCUACUCAGACUGUGACUGGAUCUGUUUGCACAUCUUCAGAUACCUGCAGAGUUCGAUGCCUGACACACCUGUGAGGUACAUUCACUUUGACCUCCCGAUCGGUGAGGCAUAUUCCCUUGACUCCGUAGGCAAACAUGGCUUUGCAAUUGAGAUUGGGCCUCAGCCGCACGGUGUUGUAAGGUCCAACAUCUACACCAUGAUGCAACAAGGGGUCCAGCACAUGCUAGACUGGGUCCACCUCUUUAACUCAGGAACGCAAUUUGAGGGAGGAGCGGUGGAUUUGUACACCAUGGUGAAGAACGUUGACUACCCCAGAGACCGAGAGACCCACAACAUCAUCGCAGCGGUUCAUCCCCAACUCCAGGAUCGUGACUUCUGCCUCCUCCACCCCAACGAGCCCCUGUUUCAGACCUUCUCAGGAGAGACCAUGACGUACAAGGGGCCUGAGCCUUUCUAUCCGUUCUUCAUCAACGAGUGUGCUUAUUAUGAGAAGGGCAUUGCACUAUCCCUGGCACGGAGAAGGAAUGUGGAAAUACCCUCCAUUCAGUUAGAGAGAAAAUGAGAACAGGUAAAGAAGGGAUGAUGACGUACUGCAGAAAAGAUGGGGUCUUUUUUCCGUUAGACUUGACAGGAAAACAAUCUGAGCCAUAUUAAUAAGGUUCUGGCAUUAGACAUU